GGCGGGUGCACAAUUGUAUUAUCCCAUAUAAUUCGGGGCGCGAAGUCUCACACAAGCGUAAAUUUAGGGUGUAAAGUGUAAUAGAUAAUCUGCUACUACAUGCGACUUUACGUCAUGUACGUACUGUUACUAAAGCAGCAGUUCCCGCGGGGAGGUUCGUCUGAUCAUCGGAGCUCGAAAUGGAAAUCCACACCGCUUCAUCGGAGGCUCCGCCGGACUUCCGGCUGGAGUGGGACGUUUUCCUGAGCUUUCGCGGGGGGGACACGCGCGGGACCUUCACGGAGCAGCUGUAUUCAGAGCUCCGGAGCAAGGGGGUUCGAGUCUUCCGGGACAACGAGGGCAUGAACCGCGGGGACGAGAUCCAAGCCAGCCUGCUGAGCGCGAUCGACGACUCCGCCGCGGCGAUCGCCGUCAUCUCGCCCGAUUACGCCUCCUCGCACUGGUGCCUGGAGGAGCUGGCGAGGCUGUGCGACGGCGGGAAGCGGAUUCUCCCCGUUUUCUACCGGGUCAACCCCUCCGACGUUAGGCACCAGAGGGGGACAUUCGCGAACGCGUUUGUUGUCCACGAGCGCCGGUUCGGGAAGGACAUAAUUGAGAGCUGGAGGCGAGCCUUGACGAAGGCCGGUGGACUUUCCGGUUGGGUGGUUCCCUCAGAGCAGGAUGAGCAACCAGUGAUUCAGAUUACAGUCCAAUUGAUUUUAGAACUAUUGAGUAACAGUCCAUUGGCUGUGGCUCCAGUAACAGUUGGACUUGAUUCUCGCGUCAGAGAAUUGUUGAGGCAGCUGGACAUUAGAUCAAAUGAUGCUAAGAUUCUUGUCCUACAUGGGAUGGGAGGAAUCGGCAAGACAACUCUAGCAAAGGCUCUCUACAACAGGCUUGUUGCUCAAUUUAAGGCCCGCUGUUUCAUACCAAAUAUUAGGGAAACUUCUACAGGAGACAACGGUUUGAUUAAUGUCCAAAAUAAGCUUCUAGAAAAAUUUUCACCUGGUAGAAAGCCUAUAAAUGACAUUAAUGAUGGAAGAGAUGCAAUCAGAGGAAAAGUUCAGGAAGCUCAAAUUCUUCUUGUCUUGGAUGACGUCGAUGAUCUGAAUCAGCUUGAUGUCCUAAUUGGCAAGAAAGAAUGGUUCCAUGAUGGGAGUCGAAUCAUUAUCACCACGAGAGAGAGAAGGGUGUUAUCCAGCAGAUAUGUUACGGACUGCUUUGAGGUUAGAGAGCUAAAUUCUGAUGAUGCAUUGAAACUGUUCAGUUACCAUGCAUUGAAAAGAGAGAAACCUACGGACAGCUUUUUUGAUCUCUCCAAGCAAAUUGUGUCUCUUACUGGAGGACUGCCUCUUGCUUUAGAAGUAUUUGGUUCUUUCUUGAUCGAUAAGAGGAGCACAAAAGAGUGGGAAGAAGCUCUGCGAAAACUGAAAACUAACACUUUGGGCAUGAGCCAUCAACUUAGUCUCCAAGGUGUGCUAAAAAUCAGCUAUGAUGGUCUGGAUGAACAGAAUAAGUCGAUAUUUCUUGAUAUCGCAUGCCUGUUUGCCCAAAUGGAUAUGACAGUGCAGGAGGUGGUCGAUGUAUUGGAUGGCUGUGGUUAUGAUGCUAAGAAUGCUAUCAAAGAUCUCAGGGAGAAAUCUCUCGUCAAGAUUAUCGAAAGUGAUACUUUGUGGAUUCACGAUCAGCUGAGAGACAUGGGGAGAGAUAUUGUACGCAGUGAAAAUCAUUACGAUCCUGGGAGACGCAGUAGGCUUUGGCAUCGUGAGGAAAUUCUAUCUGUCCUAAAGGAUGGGAAGGGAACAAGAGAUGUUCAAGGGAUUGUCCUAGAAUACAAGGAAAAAAUGCCUGUGAGGGAUCCAAGUAGGCGGGAAAUCUUUUGGAGCCAUUUUACAAGAAUGCCCAGUUUCACUACUCUAGCUACAUUUUUGAAUGAAAUAUGCAAGAAGGGCCGCGGGGAAAGGGGAGAGGAGGGGAUUGUACUUAGAACCACCUACUUUCAACAGAUGAUUAAUCUAAGACUCCUCCAAAUUAAUCGGGUGAAAUUGGAAGGCGAAUUUAGGUUCCUCCCGCAAUCACUGAAGUGGCUCCAGUGGAGAGAAUGUCCUCUAAGAGUUCUUUUAUCCGACUUCUGUCCUAGAGAUUUUGCUGUUCUUGACCUCUCAGACAGUACAAUUGAACAGCUAUGGAGGGCUGGUCGUAAAAGGGUUGCAGAGAAUUUAAAGACUAUAAUCCUCCGAGGCUGCCACAAACUAGUAGCUAUUCCAGAUUUGUCAGGGAGUCAAAAACUAGAAAAGGUAGUGCUUGAGAAGUGCACUGCCCUGACUGAGCUCCAUAAGUCAGUUGGACAAUUGGGUUCAUUGCGAUACUUGAACCUCAGAGGCUGUUCGAAACUUGCCAAGUUUCCAACUGAUGUCUCAGGCCUGAAAUGCCUUGAGAACCUUAUUCUUUCUAACUGUGCACUUCUGGAGGAGCUGCCAGAGGGAAUCGGCCUCAUGAAGUCCUUGAAAGAACUUCUUGUGGAUGGUACUGCGAUUAGGAAGCUGCCUGAUUCGUUAUUCCACCUUGAAAUGCUUGAAAAACUUGAGCUGACAGGCUGUUCUUCAUUGCAAGAACUACCCAACCUCCUUGGGAUGUUGCACUCUCUGAAAGAAAUCAUUCUUGAUAGUUCGGGUAUAGUGUCAUUGCCAGAUUCGAUUGGGUCCCUGGGAAACCUCGAGACUCUGAGUGUGAGGUGGUGCACUUCUCUCACUACACUCCCCAGUAGCAUCGGUGAUCUGACAAAAUUGAAAGACGUGUUCAUCGGAGGAAGUAAUGUCCGUGAACUACCAGCUUCUAUUCGUUCUCUACGAUAUCUGAGAGAGCUGACACUCGGAAACUGUGAAUUUUCGAGGGACGUUCCUGAUUCAGUUGAAGGGUUAAUCUCGCUUCUAAAGCUCGAUUUAGGUGGAGAAUCAAUCACGAGUUUACCAAAUCAAAUUGGUUCAUUGAAGAUGCUGAAGAGGCUCGAGAUUUGGAAUUGCCCUUCGUUGGAAACUUUACCAGAAUCCAUUGGAAGCCUGCUUGAUCUUACUACGCUGUUCAUUAUCAAUACCGGCAUCAAAGAGUUGCCAGAAUCUGUAGGAAAUCUAGAGGAUCUGGUUUUUAUGAAACUUAACAAAUGCAGACUUCUUCAAAGACUGCCAGCUUCCUUUGGAAAACUCAAGUCUUUGCACCACUUAUCGAUGGAGGACAGCGGUGUCGUAGAGCUACCGGACAGUUUCGCAAUGCUUUCAAACUUAGUAACUUUAAACAUGGGAAAAAAGCCGCAGUCUGCAAGAGUUAAUCCUAUGGUCAUGCCGUCUUCCGUUUCGAAGCUCACCUCACUUGUGGAACUGAAAGCUCGUGCUUGCUAUAUAUCUGGUGGAAUCCCCAAUGAUUUCGAGAAGUUAGUAGCGCUUGAGACUUUAGAUCUGGGCUACAAUAAUUUUGAUAGCCUUCCUUCUAGCCUGAAGGGUCUUUCAAGUCUCAAGUGCCUAUUAUUACCCCACUGUAGUAAGCUAAAGUCUCUUCCUCCGCUGCCAUCGAGAUUGGAAAAUAUCGACAUUGCAGAAUGUCGAGAACUGGAGAUUAUCUCCGACCUAUCAAACUUGAAGAGCUUGCAGGAGCUUAAUAUGCCGAAUUGCGGAAGAGUUGUGGAUGUCCCCGGAAUUCAGUGCCUCGAGUCCUUGGGAUGGUUGUACAUGACUGGUUGUAACAUGUGUUCCUUGGCGGUCAAGAGAAGACUUUCUAAGGUCUCUUUAAGGAAUAUAUGGAAUUUGAGCCUGCCAGGAGGCUAGAUACCGGAAUGGCUCAGUCGACAGGAGGUGACAUACAAAGCCCUCCCUAACCGCCCGAUUAAAGCCGUGCUUGUAGGCAUCGUCGUCUCCGUCAACAGUGGCUUCCCCGAAGAGUUG